CCUCCCCCACCUCGCCCCCACGUGGGCCUUGCAAAGGGGAAACUAAGAUUUUGCCUCCUGACAACACCUCUCCUAAGACCAUCAGUACCUAUUUCUGCCCAGAGGACCAAUCAUGGCUGGAAGAGGCGGCAGAGGGAGGGGCGCGGGUCACAUGACCUUCAACGUUGAAGCUGUGGGCAUCGGAAAGGGGGAGGCUCUGCCCCCACCCACCCUCCAACCAUCCCCACUGUUUCCUCCCUUAGAAUAUAAACCUGUUCCACUGCAAACGGGAGAGGAGGUUGAAUACAUGUUGGCCCUGAAACAAGAACUGAGGGGUGCUAUGAAGAACCUGCCGUACUUCAUCAAGCCUUCUGCACCAAAGAAAGAUGUGGAACGCUAUUCCGACAAGUAUCAGAUGUCCACUCCUGUUGACAAUGCCAUUGAGUGGAGUCCUGAUUGGAAACAGCUACCCCAAGAAUUAAAGAUCCGGGUGCGGAAGAUUAAAAAGCAGAGAGCCACCGUCCUUGCCCCCAGGCGCAAAACUCAGUUGCCAGUAGACAAAGAAGAAGCCAUCAAGAAGCUGGAGACUUUGGAAAAGAAAGAGGAGGAGGUGACGUCUGAAGAGGAAGAGGAGAAAGAAGAGGGAGAAGAAGGGAAGGAAGAGGAGGAGGAGGAAUACGACGAGGAAGAAUUUGAGGAGGAGACGGAUUACAUCAUGUCCUACUUCGACAAUGGUGAAGAUUUCGGGGGCGACAGCGACGACAACAUAGAUGAAGCCAUAUACUGAACGAGGUGGCCCACCCGGUUUGCAGACAGGGAGGUGCGUCUCACAAGCGCCCCAAACAUCUCUCCCCCACUGAGGAGCCUUUUCUGCUGCCCCUUUGGGGUCCUUGGAUGGACAAGCUGUGUCUCACUUAGGAUGGGCUCCUGCUUGGUUUCUGUGGGGCCCCUUCACAAGCGGAACCUGCCGGGACGUCUGCUCAUUCGGCCUCUAGGUGGCAUCGCUGAUCCAGUCUUCCCUGGGUGCUCUGUGUGGGCACCUGUUGACAAAACCAGCACAGGAACGUUGGAUCUUCGGCUUCCUCCAUUUUCUUCUGGAAAAUGUGGGUCCCCUUGGGUUUAGUAGGAGAGCGUGUGAACUCCUGACACACCUGGCUUUCUUUCCUGAGCCUAGGAAGGAAAUGGACACUGAAAGGGACUUUUAUCUGCGGUGUUAAUUCACAGCAAAAAACAUUCCUCUCGUUUGAUCUUCUCUUUUGUAACGAUGCCUUGCGUUUGUUUUUCCUCUUGUGCGGAAGGUAGUGCCAAACGGAUGCCAAAGAUACUGAUUUUUUUCUUUGGGAAGUAUUUUAACGGGACGGUUUUAAAUUCCACUUUUCUACUUUUGACUUUGUGAAGCCCUGUUGAAGAUGAAGGGGACAGAUAGGAGGCAAAGGAGAUAGCCAGCCUCUUCGAAGAGUUGCCAAGAAUCUCCCACAAUCCUCUGGAGCCUGUAACUGGUGAAGAGACACAGUCCCUGUUUUGUGGAAUGGCAGUGCAUAGAAAUUCCCAUUUUGAGAUGUACAAAACCCGAUUUUUAACUUGUAAUUUAAUCAGCAAGAAGGUUUUGGUGCUGUACUUUGGUUUGGCUGAGAGCUGCCAGCUGCAUCCACAACUUUCCCAUCUCAGGCAUAACUGUUGAAGGUGGUAGGGCUAUCCCCCCCCCACCGCCCCCUGUGAUAUUUAACCCUUAUCAGGAUUUUUGCAAGCACAGCUGGGCGAAAUACUCACCCCACCUUCCUGGAGCCAUUUAUCAGCUGCUAAAGAAGGAGGACUUUUUAAAGGUCUUAUACUUUUCAAGGGUGGCAUCCUGUCUUUAAAAUGCAAUAUGGACAAAGAUUCCCUCCCCUUCCUUUUACAAAAACAAAGCCCCCAAAUUGAAACAAGCUGGCCAACCACUGCAAGCGGGCCAUGCACAUUUCUGGGACAGACUGCCCAGCCACUCAGCCUCAAAGAUGCUCUGUCUUCUGCCUUCCUUCUAAGAAUUCUCCUGGGAACAUUGCUUGUGACCCAUGGGAAUCCUGACCCACUGACAAGCAGAGCAUCCCACCUGUUCCCUUUAGGAUAUCCUUCAUCUGGUUCAGAAGGUCCUUUCUUUGAGCCAGCUACCUGAUUUGCAGCAGUAAUCACGAGCAAUCCCUAAAAGUCUCCGUGAAGCAGAUGAGUGGAUAAAGGGAUGACUUUGAGGUUAGGGACUUUCCUCUAAAGUAGGAUUGCUGCAAGACGGAGCCCUUCCCUUUAUUUUUGUCUGUUGGCAAGUUUUUAAAACGCCACUCCUUUUUACAGUGUGCGUGUGUAUAAUAUAUGUGUCUGCAUAUAAAUUAUUUUAUUGCAAUAAAAGUUUCCACAUUUUC